AUGGCGGAUGGCGGAACAUCGGCCGAUCCGCCUGCAGCAGAGGCAGCGAAACGAGAGGAUUCACAAGAGAAGUGCGAACCAACACCCGAGCCUGUGCAGCUGCCAGAGCCGGGCGUGAAGGUCUCCAAAGACGAGGAGAGCGAGAAACCCGAGAAGCUGGCAGAGGCGCCGGAGAACUUGCCGAAAGAUGAGUUGCCUGACAAGCAGACUGCAAAGGUACAGUCUCAGCGGAAAGGUCCAAACCUUCUGGCCGAACUUGGCCUCAAGGUCACCACCAAGGGUGUUUUGCUGCCAGAGAGCAGGAAGACGCUGUUGCGCCGGCGUCGUGAGAACCGGGAGCUAGCACUGGCCAAUGGCCAGGCGCCGCAGGUUCUCUGCCUCUCAGCUGCCGCCAAGCGAAAAGCACGAAAUCGGGCUGAGCGCAAGCCCCCUGGCGUGCUGUUGGAUGACGUGGAGUCAGAGCUGUUCUAUGGCGCCCAUCAAGGUUCCGUGGCCUCCUGCACGAAGGCCGUUGCCAAAGGUGCUGAUGUGAAUGUCCGGACCAAGGCUGACUUGGACGGCGUGGGCACUGGCGCUUCGGCUCUGCAUGUUGCUGCCGUCCGCGGCCACGAGGACGUGGUAGCUGCACUGCUUCAUGCUGGCUCUGAUCCGCUGGCACUCACAGGACGAGGGGAGACCCCUGUCCAGCUGGCGACGCGCAUGGGCCACGUAGAGGUGGUCAAGGUGCUGCGCUCAUCCGGUGGUACUCCCGCACAUGUCGAAGGAGUCUCGCAAUUGCUGACCAAAGCUCCUCCAAGUUGGCGCGAUGCGCAGCGAAAGAAGCUCCGAAAAGCCUUGGACAACGAGAGUAAGUGGGCUGCGGCUGCUUCCGGUGCUGAUCGUUUUGCGCUGGAGCCUUCCCCGUCCCGGCCUUGGUCCUCUGUCGCGAAGGAGCUUCUCAGAGAGCCCAAUACACCUUAA